AUGGGAUCACAAGCUGCCGAUGACCACUCGAAUGGAGUGUCCUCCCGUCAUUAUAUCAGAUGGGACUCCGAGGGUGUGCAGUCCAUACCAUCUAAUGAAGCAGAAGACAUCAAAGCUGUUGCUGAGAUGAUUAAUUCCAUUCAAAGAACGCAAUUCAACAAAGCCAGACACUGCUUCAGUGGUACGCAUGCUAGGACCCAAGGCGUAGUGAAAGGAAAGUUGAUUGUUGGAGACCUUUCAUCACAUCUAGCACAAACAUUGUUCUCUCACCCUGGAGAGUACCCGAUUUGCAUGAGAUACAGCACAGAGCCAGGUGAUCCAGGAUUGGACGACAGAAUCCCGCAGCCACGGGGUCUCGGAAUCAAGGUGUUUAAGGUCGACGGCGAGAUGUUUGAGGCGGGAAAAGACUUUCCAACUCACGACAUUGAGUUCAACAGCACGCCGGCAUUGGAUCUCGCUGAUGCAAAGACUACUAGAGAGAUCGUUGACCUACGUAUCAAGUAUGGUAAGGCUCGUGAUGAAGUGCACAAUACCCAUCUGACUUCAAUUCGUUAUUAUUCCCAAACAGCAUACCGUUAUGGGGACUUUAUUGUCAAGUACUCCCUUGUACCAUCCUCAGAAGUGCAGAAGAAGCAAUAUCAGGAGGCAGUGAAACCAGACUCCCAUCCAGACAACAUUCUGAGUUCAUGGGUGAAAGAGUUUUACGCAAAUAAUGAGGCGGAGUACCUCUUCCAGGUUCAGCUUUGUGAGAAUCUUGAGGACCAGCCAGUCGAGUACGCAGGCAAAACAUGGGAUGAUGAAAAGUAUCCAUGGCAGACGGUGGCUAAAAUUGUCGUGCCCAAACAAGAUAGUAUGAUACCAGCCCGAAAGACAUUCUGGGAGGACCAUAUCAGACUAGAUCCGUUCCAAGGGCUAAAAAGCUUUGAACCCAUCGGCUCCCCAAACAGACUUCGUCGUGUUGUCUAUCCGGCCAGCGCAGCUCUUCGUCACGAGCUCAAUGGGAGAAAAGAAGUUAAUAUGACUAGUAUUGAUCAACUUCCCGACGGGGGCUAUGUUGAAUGCUGA